UAAAUAUGCGCAAAUCGGCCUGCACAUACGGCCUGUGCAAAAUAACUGAGCGUCUGUGGGGGCCUUUAAGAGUGAUUAAUAAAUCUUUACAAACAGUGGCGGCAAUAGAGGUUCCGCCGCCAAUUUGUGGCGUACCUCUUGCCAUGCUAUUUUUAAAUAUGAAUAUAGGACUUAAAUGGACAUCUCUAUCUUAAAACAUUGAAAACAACGUAUUUGAUGACUAUUAUUAGGUACAUCAAAUCCGCUGUUCUCAAUUUCUUAUGAUAGAUGUCCAUUUAAAUCCUAUAUAUUCAUAUUUACAAUUAGCCAGAGGUAAGCCACAAAAUGGCGGCGUUUUCAAUAUGAAUAUACGAGAUUUUAAAGAACCAAUCAAAAAUAAGACAGCAGUUGUCGCCACUGUGGCUUAAUAGAGUCACUGUAAUUUUGGCAAAAUACAGCGCCAUCUAGCGGUGACUGAUUUUCGCCAAUCCUAAGUUUUGACACUUGACUAAUGACAUUCGAAUUUUGAAAUUUCAUAUUCGACAUAUUCAUAGAAACUAAAAACGAAACGGUUUUUCCUUGUUUCUAGCGUUUUUAAAAUAAAAAUUUAACAACCGCAAAAUGCGGAGAUCUAAGUCGUCUCCAAAUUUUUCCGUACCCAGCAGUUAACGAACGUCUAGGCACAGAAAAAGGGCUGUGUCACUAGCCAGGUAAGUAGAUUUAAACAAUACUAAUAAAGGCCUAGUAGAGAACAAAACAUAUAUGCAGCUAAUCGAUUUUUAUCCCACAAUACACUGUUCGGUUGCCCCUUGGGGGUACCAAGUCUUCGGCGACUUUGCUCUCAUGUUCUCCCAGUGAUGCUAUGGCCGCUAAGGGUGGUUAUAGGAGCAGAUCUUUGAGGGGUUUUGUAUCCAGACAAGUAUCCAAUGUAGGCCUAUUUCCAAAUACAAUAGUAUUGAUAAAAUUGAAGCUUUAUUGUAAGUGAUUGUUAGUAAGUCAGCGGCAACAGACAAAAAACAUUUCGGGAAAAAAUUAGGCGAUAAAAAAUGGUUGGCGGAAAAAUAUUCCAAAGUAGGUUAGUGAAAUCAUGUAUUCUCGAGGGUAUAAUAAUAUUUUUCAGAUUCAAAAUUACAUCCGUAAAGGUGGACUGUUUGAUGCUAGCUUGGCAGGAUCAUUGCGCCCCCCAACCAUUGCUAUUUUUGUUGAACUAACAACAAAAUUGCUGAAGCAAAUAGUUGAAAUUGGACCCUUCAAUACAAAAAACUAUUUCAACAUUGUCAUGACUAAUCUUAAAUUACUCAAAUAGCCUGACAAAUAACAAGUCCGCUUUUAAAAUCUAUCCACACAAUUUUUGCUUGGCCCAAUUUCAUUGCCAUAAUAUCAUUUUUAUUGGAUAAAGUCGAUUUGAGUACUGUGGAAAUACCUAAAGCUCAACUACAGGAGGAGUAUAAAAUGCGGGAUUCCUGUUGGAAGUUUAUUCAGUCUAUUGAAAAAACAGAACCGAUACAAAUAAAAUCUGACUAUUUAAAAUUGUUCGGAGCUGAUUUUGAAGCUGUUCAAAUACUGAAAGAGUGUAUUGCUAGUGAACAACCAGAACUUGAGAAUAUUCGUGCCAAAUCGGAGGAGAAUAGGCACAUGUCAGACAAAUUGAAAGCAAUGUAUCUGGAAAGGCAGCAAAUUAUAGAUGAAUAUGAAGUAAUUUUUUUACAUCUUUAGAGGUUAACUUAAGGGGGCGUUAAUGACCGAACUUCAGAUUUCAAAUCUCUGUUCUGUGCUCUGAUGGUAACCCAUCAGAGCACAGAAAUUCUGU